AUGUAUGACCUUCUGGACUGGUUGGAAAGAGAGCGAUCAGACCACAUUGACCUGUUCUGGAGGUGCGUCUUUGAGGAAAGCAUCCUUAACCAAUACGUCACCCUACAAAAGCUACGCAACAGCCUUCUAGAUGUUUGCAGGGAAGCAAGCUGUAGAAACUGGAAGCAGAGUAUCCGCUGUGAGGGAACUACGCUGGGAAAACUUAUACAGGAAGGGCACCUGAAAGUAAAGAGCUAUAAACGGAGUACAAAGGCAAAGAAGUCACUCUUCUCUGAUCGGGUCCUCACAGUGUCUGCAGGUGAGGGUGAUGAUGACUUUGAUGAGGAAGAGCAGGAUUCAUCAAGUGACAGACAGAGUUCCACAAACACCACAGAGGAAGAAGACGACGCUGGAGAACAGACUGAGGAACAGUCAGACGACAGGGAAGACGUUCACAAGACAGUGUUCAAAGUCACAUGUGGAGAUGUAGCUGCAAUGUUACACAAAAAGCGUUUUGCGUCCGGGAUCUUGGGGAAGUGUAUUCGCACUGAGAAGAGCUGGAUGACCCCAGUGGACUUUGUGAAGGAGGUUUGUGAGACGGAUGUGUCCUGGAAGAAAGACAUCACAUGGGAAGGAAAACCACUUAGUGAUCUCAUAGAGAAGAACAUCUUGUCAUGUCAUUCCCUGUUGUGCACCUGCAGACUGUGUGCACCAGAUUCUGAAGACCUGGAUAACCAGAAAAACGAUGAUGAGUGUUGGAUCUGUAGAAGUGAAGAAGAAGCAGAGCUGGUGCAGUGUGAUUACUGCCCUCGCUCCUUUCACCAGACGUGUCACCUGCCUCAUGUGGAGGACGCCAUUUUAGAGGAUGAUAGACCUUGGAUGUGCACAUUUUGUGUUUUCACAAACACUAAAGAGCUCUUCUCCUCUGUGGAAACUACAGCAGCUGCUUUGUCCUGUAAUAUAUCAGAACACAUGCUGCAAUGCCAGUAUCUUCUCCUGUAUCUCUACAAUACUGAUCAGCAACAGAUAUUUGCAACAAACCCAACCCUUUAUCUGAGUGACUACACCACUGUGGUCACGACUCCCAUGUGGUUUGGUCGUGUAGCAGAAAAACUCCAGGAGAAACAGUACCAAACUGUUGGAGACUUUGUGUCUGAUGUCCACCUCAUUUUCACCAACUGUGCUUCAUACAACCGAGAUAAUCCUGAAUUCACUGCCAUGGGUGUCACCGUGAAGGAGUUUUUGACAGAGAAUUUGAGAAUGUUUCAAGAUCCAAGAGACCGCUGA